UCAGUCCCGUGCCUCUCCCUUCCCUCAUACCUUCUGCCCUGCGCCGACUCCCAAUCUCCUCUCUCUAGUCUCUUCUUCUUCUUCUUCCAUUCUUCUUCUUGAAUCUUCACUCUUCAGACUUCGGUUUCUUCCUCACAGUCACUGUCGUGCCUCACUGCCCUGGUGCAUCUCGGUGGGUCUUCCACGCACAGCCCUCGUCGACGCCGUGAACCUCCCCUCACGCAGCCCCUCUCACGGACCCAUGCAGUGUUACAGAGAAGAGAGGAGAAUGGGGAAGACGACAUACAAGAGGCUUAAGGGGAGCCAGAACAUUAGGCAGAGGCUUUUGCUGGCCACGCUCUCAUCCAGUCCCGUUUUGAUUGAGGAUAUCCGUGCCAACGAUACACUGCCUGGCCUCCGUCAACAUGAGGUCUCCCUCCUUCGGUUGUUUGAGAAGGUCUCUGAUGAUUGCAUCGUUGAAAUUAACGAAACCGGGACUAAAUUGAAGUACAAGCCUGGCAUUGUGAUGGGUGGGAGACAUCUUGUCCAUGACUGUGGUGUCAGUCGGUCCAUUGGCUAUUUCUUGGAGCCACUGAUUUUGCUUGGUUUGUUUGCAAAGAAACCCCUCACUAUAAGGCUAAAAGGUAUUACAAAUGAUUCUAAGGAUCCAUCUGUGGAUACUUUCCGGUCUACUACCUUGCCCUUGUUAAAGCGUUUCGGAGUUCCUUCAGAAGGAUUAGAUCUAAAAAUAGAGAGUCGUGGAUCUCCUCCUCAUGGAGGUGGAGAAGUUGUUUUGACAAUUCCAGUUGUUCAAAAUCUGAACGCUGUCACCUGGACCGAUGUUGGAAUGGUCAAAAGGAUCAGAGGAGUUACUUUCUCAACCAGGGUGUCUUCCCAGUUUGAAAAUACGAUGAUACAUGCUGCUCGUGGAAUUUUUAAUAACUUUAUUCCCGAUGUUCACAUCUUUACUGAUCAUAAGGCAGGCACACAAGCUGGAAACUCACCUGGUUAUGGAAUUUCGCUUGUUGCGGAAACUAAUGCGGGUUGCUUCAUCUCAGCUGAUACUGCUAUUGCUUAUGCACGGGAAGAAGAAACAGGUGACAUUGAAGAUGAGAAGAAAGAGUUAAUGCCUCCUGAAGAUGUUGGUGAGCAAAUUGCUUCUAUUCUACUUGGGGAAAUCGAGCAAGGUGGUGUGGUAGAUUCAACACAUCAGGGAUUGUUAUUUCUUCUCUGUGCAUUAUGUCCGCAAGAUGUUUCAAAGGUUCGCUCCGCAAAGCUUUCACCAUAUGGAAUAGAAAUGCUCAGAAACAUAAGAGAUUUCCUUGGUGUUAAGUUUGUUAUAAAGCCAGAUCCAUUCACAGGGACUGUUAUACUUAAAUGUCUUGGUUGUGGAUUGAAGAACCUAAAUCGAAAGGUCUCAUGAUGACAGCUUGUUCAAGUUAUCGAUUAUUAUUAUAAGUUGAUGAUUCUCAAGUAUAUCGAUCGAACUGUUGUUAAACAGCAUUCAUUGAAUAGAUCAGUUUUGUUCAAACUUCACUAGGAAUGACUAGCCGAGACAUGUUCUGGUGUAAUUUAAUGGAAGCUAUGGGAACAAUCAUGGCAGUUUUGGUGUUUACUUUGAGAUGCAAGUUGAUUUUUUGUUUUGCCA